GGUGCAUACAUGUCGUCCUCUUAUACAUCAUCUUUAAUCCGUCCCCUGGAGGUGGUUAGGUUUCCAGUAUAAAUUACCACACUGAUGGAAGCUGGUAAUCAUCUUCAUCUGGAAGAUCCAAGCAGAUCCUUGAGUUUGCUUUUACGCUGUUACAUUAAGGAUCUUCACAUCAGAAAUCUGAUCCUUCAUUUCAAGAAUUUUGGUGACCAUCUGCAAAUCCUGAAAAACCUCUGAAGGCUUUUGGAAACAAUGGCAGAGCAAAGGAAGAUUUUUAAAGAUCCGGUCCAUGGGACUAUAGAGCUGCAUCCACUCCUUGUCAAGAUCAUUGACACGCCUCAGUUUCAACGACUUCGAAACAUCAAGCAGCUUGGAGCUGUAUCUUAUGUUUACCCUGGAGCAACCCACAGCCGCUUCGAACACAGCAUUGGGGUGGCUUACCUGGCUGGAGAAAUUCUAAAGUCUAUCAAAGAGAAGCAGAAGGAGCUUGGGAUUACUGACUGGGACGUCCUUUGUGUGCAAUUUGCCGCCCUUUGCCAUGACCUUGGACAUGGACCGUUUUCCCACAUGUUUGAUCUAAUGUUUUUACCCGAAGCAAGACAAUUAAAGCGUGAUGAACUAUCUAAAAAGAUUGAUGACUUACUAAAACAUAUGAAGAAAAUGACUGGUGAGGAUCAAGGAGAUUCUGAAGAGAUAAAGGAGCUUCAAAAGCUUCAAAAAGAAAUUCAGGAUUUGAUCAAGGAUCUCAUAGACCCAAAAACAGAGCAUGAGGAACUAUCUAAAAAGAUGAUUGACCUGAAGAAGAAAAAUGAUGACUUACUAAAACAUAUGAAGAAAAUGACUGGUGAGGAUCAAGGAGAUUCUGAAGAGAUAAAGGAGCUUCAAAAGCUUCAAAAAGAAAUUCAGGAUUUGAUCAAGGAUCUCAUAGACCUAAAAACAGAGCAUGAGGAACUAUCUAAAAAGAUGAUUGACCAUCUGAUGGAAAAGAAUGAUGACUUGCUAAAACAGAUGUAUGAUGUGCGGAAGAAAAUGACUGACGAAGAUUCUGAAAAAGUAGAUGGCGUACUAACAAAGAUGGAGGAUGUGCAGAAGAUAAUGACGGACAAGGAUAAAGGACAUUCUGGAAAAAUAGAAGAGCUUAAAAAGAUUCUAAAAAAAUAUCUAAAAGAAUAUCUAAAAGAAGAUCUGGAUUUCAUCAAAGAUCUCAUAGACCCCCCAAAAAAGACGAUCCCAGCUACUGACCAACCAACAGGAGGAUCAGGAGGAGCGAGAAAGCAGAGGCCACCCGCAAAUCGUUCAGAAAAGCGCUACAUCCUCUACGACAUUGUAUCCAACACGAUAAACAAGAUUGAUGUAGAUAAGUGGGAUUAUUUUGCCAGAGACUGCCAUUACCUGGGUAUGAAGAACAGCUUUGACCAUGAGCGUUUGAUUAAAUCUGCUAGGGCGUGUAAGGUGAAUGGAAAGUGGCAGAUCUGUUACAGAGACAAGGACGUGUUCAAUCUGUAUGACAUGUUCUACACAAGGUUCUCUUUACACAAAAGAGCCUACCAGCACAAAGUGAAAAAUGCCAUAGAGUUGAUGAUAAAGGAGGCUUUCAUCAAAGCAAAAGAGCACAAGUUUGAAGAUUGGACCCUGUCCACAGCUAUAGAAGACAUGGGGGCCUACACUAAGCUGACAGAUACCGUAUUUGAUCAGAUACUGAACUCCACCUCUGCUGAGCUUCAAGAGGCAAGGGGUAUAUUGGAAAGGAUAGUGAAGAGAGACCACUACUAUUGUCUGGGGGAAUUCCACUCAGAAGAUACCCUGCAAGUUAUCAAGGAAAACUGGAAGACAUUCCACCAAGGUACACAAGAGGAAUAUAUCGUGGAUGAUGUUACAUUUAACUAUGGGAAAAGGGCUCAUGACCCCAUAGAAGACGUGAGGUUCUACAACAAAAGAAACCCACAACAAGCAAGGGCUAUAACCAGAGCUGAGGUAUCUCGUCUUCUUCCAGAGACAUUUGAAGAGACGAUUUAUAGAAUCUACACCAGGAGGAUGGAUAAAGAUCUGAAGGAUGAUGAAGAUGCUUUUGAAAAAUUUAGAAAUAAUUCCUACAAAAAAAAAAAUUGAUGCCGCAGACGCAUGUGUGUCUGGCACAUAAAAAAAAAUAAAUAAAAAUGCGUUAAUAAAAUACAACCGAUAAUUACUUCAUAUGAAGAAAUAAAACUAAGAAAGAAAUCAGGAAAAAAUUUUAUUUUAACUGAGGGUUUUAUAUUGACUAAUUUUUAAAUUUGCAGGUUUGGUUAGGUAUAUUUUUUCUUUUAGCGUAUUGGUUUAAAGGUAUUUAGUUCAUUCAUUUUACUUAUAUUCAUAAAAAGAGGUUUUGAAUGGUAAUGUUUUUAUAAUUUAAUCCCUUUUAUGUCUGUAUUACAUUACAAGUGUGUCUUUGGGUAUCAUAUAAAGGUUAUUUUUAACAAAUUGUGAAGUGGUGUGACAAAAUAUUAGCUUGCAUGAAGAAAUUUCUCUGAAAAUGUAAUACUUUUAAGGUUCUAUGGAGUUGUUUCAAAUUAAAAUUUAUACAAUCACA